GUUUUCUUUUUCGUUUUCUUUUUUCUUAUUAUCUUUAAAAAAAAUCAAUCCAUUCAUCUUAUUACAAUUCAAUCCAAUAUGUUCCGUACUUUGUUCACUUUGAUGAUUCUUGUCUUUACGUUGGUGGUUGCCCAACAAACACCUAUUGUCAGUAUCACAGCUCCAUUACAAAAUGCCGCCUAUUCUGCUGGUCAACGUUUAGUGAUUUCAUGGAUUAAUCCUCAAGUGGAUACUAUUUCUCAAAUUCAAAUCUGUCAUGGUAAUCCUGCAGCCCUUCAACCUAUUGCUGUAAUUGCCACCAAUGUCAAUGCCAAAGGAAAUGGUUCGUUUGACUGGACUAUUCCUUCUAAUUAUACUACUGGAAGUGAUUAUGCUUUCAUUUUGGGUACAUCACCAAAUGUUGCUUAUACUGGUCAAUUCACUAUCAAUGCUGCCACAUCAUCCUCCUAAACAUUGGCUAUAGUUAGUUUAUUAUGAGCUAUCUUAUUAUAUUAUUGAAUAAAAUCUUCCUUUUUUUUAAAAAAAAAA